AAAUGACACGCUUACAAUUUUAUCAGUCCUUCAAGCUUUUAUUUAUAUUUAGGGGAAUAGUGCUGCAGAAAUUGAGGCAAUGGAGAUGAAGAAGGUAGCCAUAGUUGGGGCUGGUAUGAGUGGCCUAAUUGCCUGUAAGUACACCCUCUCCAAGGGCUUCCACCCCAUUGUUUUUGAGGCUCAAAGCAGCAUUGGAGGGGUGUGGUCCAAAACAAUUGAGACUACAAAGCUCCAAACUCCCAAAGGGUUAUAUCAGUUCUCUGAUUUUCCCUGGCCAUCUUCAGUCACAGAUGAUUUCCCUAUACACCAUCAAGUAUUUGAUUAUAUUCAAGCUUAUGCGCUGCAUUUCGGUCUGCUUGACCACAUCAAAUUCAACCAAAAAGUUGUUGGUAUUGAGUAUGAAGGUGCAUCUGAGGCAGAGAUGCAGUCAUGGAGCUUAUGGGGUGGCACCAGCGAGCCCUUCAGCCCUACAAGGAAAUGGAAGGUCAAUGUCCAGGACACGAGAACCCUCUCAACUGUGAUUUAUGAGGUGGAUUUUGUAAUCCUUUGUUUGGGGAGGUUCAGUGGAGUGCCAAACAUCCCAGAAUUCCCUCCAAACAAAGGGCCAGAAGCAUUUCAUGGGGAAGUAAUUCAUUCAAUGGAGUAUGCUGCAAUGGAAUAUGAAAGUGCUGCCAAAUUCGUCAAAGGAAAGAGAGUCACUGUUGUUGGGCUCCAGAAAUCUGCCCUAGACAUUGCGAUGGAGUGUGCAGCAGCAAAUGGGGUGAAAAAUCCCUGUACAGUUCUAUACAGGACGGAACACUGGACCGUGCCUGAUUACCUUCCAUGGGGUGUCUCACUAGCAUAUUUAUACCUUAGUCGCUUCUCUGAGCUCUUGGUUCAUAAGCCUGGUGAAGGGUUUCUCCUCAGUCUGUUGGCAACAAUGCUCUCCCCUGUGGUAAAUUUUCUAUCUUCUUUGCUCUGGAUACUCUCACUUUUCUUAGUAUCAUGAAGAAUUGGAUUACUUGCAAUCUUGUGACAGAGAUGGGGAUUUUCAAAAUUUGUGGAAAGUGAUAUCAAGAGGAGGCUUCCUCUGGCAAAAUUUGGAAUGGUACCAAAACAAAGCUUUCUUGAACAAAUAAAUUCAUGCCUUGUCUCAACAAUCCCAGAAAAAUUCUAUGAUAAGGUUGAAGAGGGAAGCAUUAGAUUGAAGAAAGCUCCAAGCUUCAGCUUCUGUAGUAAUGGGGUUCUGAUAGAUGGAAAUGAGGAUUCUCCACUAGAAACAGAUUUGGUGAUUCUAGCAACAGGAUUCAGGGGAGAUAAAAAGCUCAAAGACAUUUUUGUAUCCCAAACCUUUCAAGAUUGCAUUUAUGGGACUUCAAAGGCAGCAGUUCCACUUUACAGGUUCAACAUCCAACCUUUCUUGUUCUCCGGAGAAAUAUAAACGAUCUAUAAUAUUUUGUCUCUGUUGUUUGUUAGGGAAUGCAUUCAUCCUCGAAUACCACAAUUGGCAGUGAUUGGAUUCUCAGAAAGUGUAUCAAACUUGUACACCUCAGAGAUAAGAUGCCGGUGGCUAGCAGAGCUUCUAGAUGCAAAAUUCAAGCUACCAAGCAUUAAGGAGAUGGAAAAGGAUGCAGAAAAAUGGGAUGAAUACUGGAAACGGUACUCUGGUGGAUACUACCGGAGAUCAUGCAUAGCUGCCAUUCACAUAUGGUAUAACGAUCAACUCUGCACGGACAUGGGAUGGAACCCUGCGAGGAAGAAGGGAUUGUUCGCUGAACUCUUUGAACCUUACGGCCCCUUGGAUUACGCCUCUUCCUCUUAAAAUGGAGAACCUAGUACUUAUAUAAUCAGCAGAGAUACAUAUUUUUUUUCCAUUGCAUCAUAAGAUUAAUUGCUUGAUAUCACAAAUAUUUAAACUUUUAACUUUGAUCAUGAAUCAAAGUUUUUAAAUUAAUAAAUAUUAAUUCAGUGGAACAAGAGUUUGGCCAAAAUAAUAUUUGUUGACAAAU